CCGGCUGCGGACGGCGGCCACUCGCCUGCGCGCCCUUUCCAGACCGCGACGCCAUGGCCCCCACCCGCCUGCUCGCGCUCCUGCUGCUCCUCGCGGGCGCCCCCGCCGCCGCCGCGGAGUCGAUCCGAGAGACCGAGGUCAUCGAUCCCCAAGACCUCAGAGAAAGCCGAUUCUUUUCCGGACCCCUACCAGACGACGAGGACGUGGGGGACCCCGGGCAGGAACUCGAUGACUUGGAGCUGUCUGGCUCUGGAGACCUGGAUGAUUCAGAGGACCCCAAGGUCUUCCCCAAAGUAAUCCAACCCUUGGUGCCCUUAGAGAACCACAUUCCUGAGAGGGCCGUGCCUGGGAGCCGGGUCCCCACCGAACCCAAGGAACUGGAGGAGAAUGAGGUCAUCCCCAAGGGUCUCUCGCCGCCGCUUGAAGGGAACGAGGAUGUGUCCAACAAGGUGUCCAUGUCCAGCACUGCCCAGAGCAGCAACAUCUUUGAGAGAAAAGAGGUCCUGGCGGCUCUGAUUGUGGGCGGCACGGUGGGCAUCCUCUUUGCCGUUUUCCUGGUCCUGCUGCUGAUGUACCGCAUGAAGAAAAAGGACGAAGGCAGCUACGACCUGGGCAAGAAACCCAUCUACAAGAAAGCCCCCACCAACGAGUUCUACGCCUGAAGCGUCCUCAUGGACACCGGCUUGGACUGGAGGGGGGGCGAGAAGCCGGAGGAUCUUGGAGGGUGGACUUUAGAGUAGGGGGAGGACAACCUAAUACUGACCUGUCAGCAUCUUCAGCUCUGAUCACAUUGUAAGGGACGGGAGCCUCAUCAUCUUCUGUUCCUGCCUGCCUCUGGAUUCCCUGGGUCUCCAUGGUCCCAGCAGGAAAAUGAGGCUCAGCUUGGCCUUUCCAAAGGCAAGCCUAGGAUUGCAUUGUUUCCGCAUCUUCCAGUUUAGAAUCUGGGCCCUGCUUAGAGUCUGUGCUGACCACGCCUCACCCAGAGCCCCUCUGAGGCUGCCGAACGAGUCCUGCUGGAGGUCUGUCUCCAGCGCCUGCCUCCCUGCCCCUCCCUUUCAUUGCCGGCCCCCCUGCCAGGACCUGGGAGAAGGAACUAGAACCAUCCGCACCUUGAGAUGGGCCCAGGAAGGGCACUGUGCCCACACUACAGGAGUCCGUGGUAUGCCACACCUUAGGCCACUGGGCUCUUUAAGUGACUUUUGGAAAUCAACCUUUUUUAUUUGGGGAGGGCGGGGGUGGGGAGCUGAACGUUCGUAUUGAAAUGGAUUUGUAGAAUUUUUUGUAAAUCUAUUUUUAGUGGGGUUUUUGUUUUUGUUUCGACAGUUCAUUCCUUUGUGUAGAGUCUCUGCCUGGGCAGGAGUGCACAGCCGCCGAGGCGUUCUCUGCUCUCUUGCACAUGUCCACCGUACCUGCUAAGUUUGUAUUUAAUGGUUGUUUGGUUUCGUUUUUGGUUUUUGUUUCUCGAAAAUGAGAGAAGAGCCGGAGAUAUGAUUUUUAUUUUUGUUUUUUACUAUUUAUAGCUUCCGACAGGGCCUCGCUUUUCUGUUUUCCUUCACGUCCCCUCCCCAUUUUAUAAAACAGACUUUACAGUCCUCUGCUCAUGACUUGGACCCUUUCUGAAGCUGCUUCCUCUAAGGAGUGGCUUUUGCUGAGACAUAGUUUUCUAGCAGAUCCCAAAAUAUAAUGUAAGGGAUGGUGGGAUAUUUGUGUCUCUUUUCUUGUAAUAUAUUAUUAUUCUUUUCUUGGUUCUAGGAAAAUAGAUGAAUAUAUUUUUUCAGGAGGUAGUGUGAUAUUCCCAUUUGAAGUUGGCUGGGUGGUUGAGUGAGUGGAUUUUUAUAUGGCCGAGGGGGGUUUUGCCCGUAUCUCUUGCCCCGGUCCUGGUGCCUUUUCAUGGGGCUAGAAUAGUUGAGGGUAGAUAGUUCUGCCUUCCUUUUAGCUUCUGCUUUGAACUCAGCUGGUGGUCCUCAUUUCUCCAAAUUUAAGAGAAAAAUUGGAGAGCUGUGCUCGCCAAUACAGUAACCACCAGCCGCAGGUGGCCAAGUCAAUUAGAAUCACAUCAAGUUAAAAAUCCAUUCCUCAGUUACACUAACCGCAUUUCACGUGCUCAGCUGCCACAUGUGGCGAGUGGCUACUGGAGUGAGCAGGCAGGUGGAGGCCAUGUCUGUCUGUUGGACAGCACUGCGAGAGAACUAAGCUGGCUUAGCAAGUCACAGCCCCAGCUUUGCUGGCGUGACCUUUGUCUUCCUGGGCAAAGGACGGGGUUGGGGAGGGCUGAUUAGGCCCCAGCUCGGAGCCUGUUACCCAUGACCUUCCCCUCCAGAGAGGAGGGCUUGGUGGCCUAGCCUGGGUAGGCUGCAUCUUCUGACCCCACUGGCUGGGGUGGGGGGAAUCAGCCUCAUUUCCUGUACCCUUCACCCCCACAACCCAGGGUUCCCAGCUGGCUGGGUCCUCUUCUCCAUCCCCCACCCACCCAUCCCCAGGCCCUUUCCUCUGGCUGUGUUGGAAGUGAGCACCUCUUGUAGCCCCUCACAUUGUUGUCUGUUACUGACUUUUUGAUAAAAAGAUAAUAAAACCUGGUACUUUCUA